AUGCGAUCCCCUCGACGGCCCUCCGACCUCGAAAUGCAAGACACAACAACGCCCGACGAGCAAGACGAGCCCGAGACGACAACCUCAAAGCCCACCGCGCGCGUCUCCAGGUUGGCGACGGAGGUGUAUACGCUCUCAUACCUCGUCUUCUUCGCCAUCUUCGGCACGAUUGCCCGUCUCGGACUACAGGCUCUAACGCUCUACCCCGGUGCCCCAAUCUCCUUCAGUGUGUUGUGGGCCAACGUCGGCGGCAGCCUGGUCAUGGGCUUCCUGAUCGAAGACCGCAAGCUCUUCAAGCAGGAAUGGGGUACGCCGAACUACCACAGAGAGAUCACCAAAGCCCGGCGGCGCGGCGGUCAGACGGACGACGGGAGUGCCGCUACCGCCGACCUCGCGGCCGCGAAGAAGGCCCACCUCGCAACCAAGAAGACGAUACCGCUCUACAUUGGCCUCUCUACAGGCUUCUGCGGCUCCUUCACCUCCUUCUCCUCCUUUAUUCGCGACAUCUUCCUUGCCAUGGUAAACGACCUCCCCCGCCCCGGCGGAGCGACCCCCGAACCGCGGACCGGAGGCCAGUCCUUCAUGGCGAUGAUGGCUAUCAUCAUCGCCACCGUCGCCCUAAGCCUCUCAGCCCUCAUCUUCGGCGCCCAUCUCGCCAUCGCACUUGAAGGGAUAACCCCAUCGAUCCCAUACCUCCUCGGCCGGAAAGUAAUGGACCGCUGCGCUGUUCUCUUCGGCUGGGGCGCCUGGCUCGGCGCAGUCCUCCUCGCCAUCUGGCCGCCCCACGACGCCUGGCGAGGGCGCGUUAUCUUCUCCAUUGUCUUUGCGCCGCUCGGCUGCCUUGCACGCUUCUACGCCAGUCUGCUUCUCAACGCGCGGGUGCCGGCGUUUCCGAUGGGUACCUUUGCGGUCAACAUCGCCGGCGUCGCUGUGCUGGGUAUGUGUUGGGACCUGGCGCAUGCGGGACUGGGCGGCGUUGUCGGGUGUCAGGUGUUGCAGGGCGUCGAGGACGGGUUCUGCGGGUGCUUUACGACUGUUUCGACGUGGGUUGCUGAGUUGACGGCGCUGCGGCGGAGGCAUGCAUAUGUGUAUGGCCUGAGUAGUGUCGUGGUGGGGUUUGCGGUCAUGGUUAUCGUUAUGGGUGCUCAGAAGUGGACAGACGGGUACGCGCCGUUGAUGUGUACUCAUUGA